AUGAAGAUGCUAAUCCAACUUCCUUCUGUCCUUUCCCUCGUCGUGGGGGCUUUCGCUCUCCCCCAGCUGCACACCAGAGCCAACACCAGUGUCGUUGGUGACACCAAGAUUACCUGGAGUACAAAGUGCAAAACGCUUGCUGGCGAGAGUCCUCUACCCAUGAAAUGUGCUGAUUUCUCUGUUCCCCUCGACUAUACGAAACCGAACUCGACAAAAACACUGGAUCUCACACUUGUGCGAUUCGACGCCGUCCGGAAGCCCGUCAAGGGCAGUGUGUUGUUCAACCCUGGUGGUCCGGGAGGUAGUGGCGUUCAAUUCGUUAUCGGACGCGCCCAACAACUAAUGACUGUCCUCGGCGGCCAGUUCAAUCUGAUCGGCUUUGACCCAAGAGGCGUGAACAACACUCUGCCAUAUGUCUGCGACAGUGAUCUCUAUGACGGGGUCCCGCUCUUGUUGAGCAACGCUUCCGACGUCGCUAUAGGUCAGAAUUUCGCCAAUGCCGAAAUUCAAGCUGCUCAAUGUCUGGCCGCGACCAAAGAUAUUGGAGGUCUCAUUGGUACCGCCUUCGUUGCUCGGGAUAUGGCUCGCAUAGUCGACGCACUCGGAGAAGAUGGACUACUGCGGUACUGGGGGUUUUCGUAUGGCACCGUGCUGGGAGCCACCUUCGCAGCCAUGUUUCCCGAGAAGGUCGGCAAAAUCGUGAUUGACGGGAAUGUCAAUGUCCAUGAAUACUACUCUGGAUGGGACGUCAGCACCCUCGCCAGCGUCGACGGUACUGUAGCCGGCUUCUUCUCUGGCUGCGUUACGUCCGAGUUGUGUGCCCUAGCAGGCUUGAACCAAACCGCAGAACAACUGGCACAGACUGUCGAUGACUUACUGGAGAGCCUCAAGACGAACCCUCUUCCAGUCACAAUUAAAGGCCACGCCAACAACGAACUCCUCGCCCCAUAUGAAGGCACGUCCAUGCUGAUCGACUACAGCACGGUCAAGCAAGUGAUGUUCUCCCAACUCUAUUCUCCCGACGCGUGGCCUCUGCUUGCGGAGGGCCUUCAGUUCCUAUUGACCGGCAACUUGACCGGGUUCUUCGAAGUGUUCACGAUCUUGACCGGCGGAGGCGAAGGGGGCGAAUCAGACCAAGCUCUCCAGGGAAUCGAGUUCGGCGAACAGGCUCUCCGGACGGACAAUCUCACGACUCUCGAUCCCCUGAUCAGCGCCGUCACCGCCUCCAGCAAAUGGGGCGGCCUGGACUUUGGCCUCGUAAACGCGAUCCAGUCUGUCCGCUGGAAGCAGACCGCCAAGGAGAUAUACUCGGGCGACUGGCACGUUCAGACCAAGCAUCCCAUCUUGAUCAUCGGCAACAGUUACGACCCGGCAACACCGUUGAUCAGCGCACAGAAUACGAGCGCCUCCUUCGAAGGCAGUGUUGUCCUUCAGCAUAACGGCUACGGGCACACCUCACUCGCGCAACCGGGCCUCUGCUCAGCCAGGGCCGUGCAGUCCUAUUUCGUCGAUGGUGUACUGCCGGCACCUGGUACGGUCUGUGAACCUGACGUCGCGUUGUUUUCCGGCGAGACAUGGGAAGAAGACUUCGCGCCGCUCAGCCUCAACGGAACGGCUGCGUCCAUCACGAAGAGAGAAAACGAUGUGACGUUGCUUACUGCUUUGAAACAAGUUGGCAAGUCCGUCCACCGGAUCAAUAGACGGGUGAGAUAA